AUGUUUGACAAAUCUUUCCAAGCUGAAGAAAAGAGUUUGGUGCGAAAGAUACAUUGGGUUCUACUGCCACAACUGAUGACGAUUCAGUUCUUUCAGAUCCAUGACAGAACCACUUUAAAUUUUGGUAGCGUCAUGGGAAUGCUUGAAGAUAUAAAGCUCUCACAAGCAGAAUUCAACUGGUCAGGAGCAAUAAUCUUUGUUGGUUACUUGACAUGCCAGAUCCCAAACGCCUUUCUCUUGCAUAAGCUCCCCUUAUCGAAAUAUCUCGGCGUACUCGUUAUUGGAUGGGGUGUAACGCUCCUACUUACAGCAAUCUCCCGCAGCUUUGCUCAAGUGUUUGUGCUGCGAUUCGUACUAGGAUUCCUUGAGGCACCAGCCUACCCUAUUAUUUUCUUAAUAAUCACGAUAAUGUACCGACGAGACGAACAAGCGACCGCAAAUACUAUUUUUCUACUCGCGAACGGAAUUGUCACGGUCCUCGGAUCUAUCAUCACUUUUGGCAUGACGUAUAUGCAUACGUUUGCUGGUAUCCGCAACUGGGAAUGGUACUAUUGCAUCGUUGCUCGUACUGUAGUAUUCGGAGUGGUUGUAUUUAUAUUCCUUCCAGAUGGGCCUCGUUCGAGGUGGUUCCGGUUGACGCCUGCUCAGGAUGCCAUCAUUGAUAGUCGUAUUCAGGACAACGCUGUGACUGUAAACAAACGCGUACAGCGAUACCAGAUAAUGGAAGCGAUUCGAGAACCUAGGCUCUACUGUUACUUUUUCAUCACGUUAUUGACUAUGAUGACAAAUGGCUGUACUAUACUUUACAACUCGAAAUUAAUACAGGAUAUGGGUUAUUCAACCAAGGAAACAGUACUAUUAAAUAUUCCACAAUGUAUUCCAGAUAUGAUAAUGACUGUUGUCGCACUAUUCAUACGACGGCGGUAUAAUGAUAGCCUCUGUUACAUCGGUGCUGCAUCCUGUGCUAUAGCCAUGGCAGGCAUACUAACGCUCACAUUUGGCACCAGUACGGGCAUAAAGCUACUUGGUCUAUAUUUGUGCAACAGUCUGGAUCCAAUCAUUUUUGCGUUAAUGACGUCCAUGGGAAAUAAUGUUGCAGGCUAUACUAAAAAAAUUGUUUACAAUGGUGGAUGGAUGGUUGCAUACUGCUUGGGCAACUUUAUCGCACCUCUGCUUAUGACCCAUCGUCAAGCACCACAAUACUUGGGCGCAAUGCUGACGUAUGCCGCUGGUCAAGGGAUAUCCAUAUUUUUGUUUUUAUACGCUCGGAUGAUCAUGGCACGGGAGAUGCAGAGGCGGAAAAAGCUGUCAAUAGAGGGCAAAUUACCGCCACCACCGCUGGACAGGGAUAAGCUAGUCAUGACAGAUGUGGAGAACCUACAUUAUGUUUACAUGUUGUAA